CGUAUCGACGUGUAUCAACCAGUUAUUCCCCCCGGUUUGUGAAAACCAAAACCCAGGGGUCUCUCCUUCAGACAAAUCCAGGAAGUCUGAAACCAAAAAGAAAAACAAACAAAUAAACAAAUUCAGAGGAGAAACAGAAAACAUGGAGAGGAGGCAAAGACAGGGAAGCGAGAGGAUGUGCGCGUCAAUGGUUGUUCUGGUGAUGUUGAGCUUGGUCGGUAGAAUCUCAUCGCUUUCGGUGACCGUAAACGACGUCGAAUGCGUGUACGAGUACGUACUCUACGAGGGCGACUCGGUCUCUGGGAAUUUCGUGGUCGUCGACCACGACAUCUUCUGGACCUCCGAUCACCCCGGCAUCGAUUUCACCGUGACAUCUCCUGCGGGUAAUACGGUGCAUACUUUGAAGGGAAAAUCUGGUGACAAGUUUGAGUUCAAGGCCCCACGAAGUGGAAUGUACAAAUUCUGUUUUCAUAAUCCGUACUCAACCCCAGAGACUGUUUCUUUCUACAUACAUGUUGGUCAUAUUCCCAAUGAGCAUGACCUCGCCAAAGAUGAACAUUUGAACCCAAUAAAUGUUAAGAUUGCUGAGCUGAGAGAGGCACUGGAGUCUGUUACCUCAGAGCAGAAGUACUUGAAGGCACGUGAUACUCGGCACCGUCACACAAAUGAGAGCACACGAAAGCGUGUUGUCUUCUACACUGUUGGAGAGUACAUUUUACUGGCCGUUGCAAGUGCUCUACAAGUCAUCUAUAUACGUCAGCUGUUCAGCAAAUCAGUCGCAUACAACCGAGUUUCAGCUGCCUGAUCAAUCUUAAUUUCUACUUGGCAACAGAUGAGCCUUAUGGAUGAGUUCCUUUUGUGUAACAAUUUGCUAGUUUAUGCUAUUAAUUUAUUGCAGUGAGUUUCAAACAAAAUGAUUUAGCUGAUCUUAA